AUGUGGGAACGCACACUACAGGACCUCAUAAGAGGCCUGCGUGCUAACAAGGGCGAUGAGAAUAAAUUCGUCCAGAAGGCCAUCGAUGAAAUUCGCGUGGAAAUUAAGGGGAAGGACAUGCAACUCAAGGCAGGGGCCGUAUUGAAGCUCACCUAUUUGAAUAUGCUUGGAUACGAUAUGUCAUGGGCGAGCUUUUACGUUGUAGAGGUAAUGUCUUCGCCACGGUACUAUCUCAAGAACAUUGGCCACCUCGCCGCAUGCCAGUCGUUCACGCCGAAGACGGACGUACUGAUGCUCACAACCAACCUGCUCAAGAAGGAAAUGUCGGCUCCACCCGUGGAGUUGUCACUCAGUCUGAACACGCUGUCACAUAUCAUGACCUCGGACCUAGCACGCGACUUAGCGCACGACCUCGUUACACUCCUCACGCAUUCCCGAGCUCACAUCCGAAAGCGAGCUGUCGUAACUGUCUUUAAUGCUUGCACUCAGCAUCCUGAAAUUCUGCCUGCCGCAUUCACUAGACUGAGGUUGAUGUUGGAAGAUCCAGAUCCUGGGGUCGUGGUUGCCACUGUCAAUGUCAUAACGGAAUUGGCCAGAAACAACCCAGCAGCAUACCUAAAUCUUGCGCCUCAGUUGUUCCAUAUUCUAACCACGUCCUCAAAUAAUUGGGUUCUCAUCAAAACGAUGAAAUUAUUUGCGGCCCUUGCCCCGAUGGAACCUCGAUUAGUCAAGAAGCUUCAAGCGCCAAUGUCAGACCUGAUCUCUACUACCAGUGCCAUCUCUCUGCUAUACGAAUGCGUCCGUACUUGCAUUACAGGCGGAAUGCUUUCCGGCCCAUCUGGCCACGCCUUAGCGCGGGCAUGUGUGGACAAGUUGUCGGGAUUCCUUCAAAAUGAGGACCAAAACUUACGAUACAUUGCACUCCUCGCUUUACUCAAGCUUGUGCCUACCCAUCCCUACAUGGUGGCUGCGUAUGAGGAGAUGAUCAUGUCCAGUAUAGAGGAGCCUGAUAUCAGCAUACGCAUGCGAGCUUUAGAUCUCGUUUCUGCUAUGGCAACACAAGAUAAUCUGCAGUCCCUCGUUGCACGUCUGCUUGCGCAUCUCGUGCCCACAUCUGCCCCUCUCUCCUCAGCGACCUCUGCAUUGACGGCGGUGCAAUCAUGUACUCCGAUGGCUUCCAUGGCGUCUCCCAGCAUGUCUCCGGCUUACCGAGUACACCUGACUCGGCUCAUCCUGUCUCUUGGCUCGCGCGAGAUGUACAAGCUAGUCACCGACUUCAACUGGUAUUUAUCUGUGCUUGCGGAUCUCACAUACGUAUCCAAUGCACCAGGAGUCGGAGCAGAGAUUGCCCGCCAGUUGGUGGGUGUAACUGUUCGCGUCCAAUUAUCCCGUCGCUUUGCAGUCGAGUUGAUGACCAAACUGCUUGGUGACGAGAAUCUCAUCCUGCGGGCCAACGAGGGUGAAAGUUGCCCAGAGGUACUUGGGGCAGCGGCUUGGAUAUGCGGGGAAUAUUGCAGCGAAUCAUCCGAUCGCAAAGUUAUCCUCUAUUAUCUCACGAGACCGCUCAUCUCCUCCUUGCCGUUCAAUAUUCUAGCUCUGUAUCUCCAUAGCACCCUCAAGGUGUACGGAUCCUGGGCAGCUGAUCUUGCGGUUCGAUGGGAUGUUAGCGACUCAAUAGAACUAAACCGUGUCGUUGACAUGAUCGCAGAAGGUGUGAAGCCAUUUGUCUCCAGCCGAGAUAUUGAAGUGCAGGAAAGGGCAGCAAACGCUUUUCAACUGUUUACCUUCGUUCGUGCCGACCUGUCAUCAUACAAGCGAACAGACGGGGAAACGGUAGCUCCCGGCACGCCUGCCUAUCCGAAGUCCUUAUUUCUUGUUCGGCCGUUAUUCUCAGCCUUUGAGCUCAAUGCUGUUGCACCCCAAGCCCAGGCCAGCGUUCUCAUCCCCGAAGGCUUGCGGUUGAACGAAUGGAUAGUGCCACCUGAGAAGGAGGACCACGACACAUGGGAUGGCGAAGUCGAAGAGGCUGUAACUGAACACAUGAUGACUACAAAGACUGUUAAAAAGCGGAAAGGAAAGAAGAAGGUGGCUUCGGCGGAUGUACGAAAAGCAGAAACUGAGGAAGAACGUCUAGAACGCGAACAAGUGAGCAGCCAUUGGUAUACCUGA